AUGCCGCUCGAACUGAACAUCGACCUGACCGAGGAGCGGCCGAGAGUUCCGGAAAUUGUGGCGUUCGCCAUGGAUAAGCUGGCUAUCAAGGUGAGUUUUGGCGGGGAUUAUCUCUGAAUACAUGCACAAGUGAGUCGCUCUUUCAUUUUGACGAAUGCUCUCAAUUUUCAGACCGAUGUGCUGACUCUGAUUCCGAAAAGGAACCGCUCAGCGGUCUCGAUGCGUGCUGAUGAGACUGACAAUUGGGGACAGGAGGCGCUCGACGAGCAGGAAGCCUACACCCUCGUUCUCCGCGAUCCGAGCAUCAAGGUGAGGCUUCUUUUCUCAUUCUUUUCUUUUUGACUAGACAAUAGUGAAUAAGAGUACAAUCCUUGGCUUUCUUACACAAAUUGUAUGUAACACGUGCUGUGCGAAAGUUUUGAAUUUCAAAGAGACCUACUGAACUUUCUCUUUGCAGAACGAGCUUCUCGAUCGCCUGAACACGUUCCGUCGUAACCGCGAGCUGUGUGAUGCCGUCCUUUUUGUCAAGGAGCGCGAGAUUUUCGUGCACAAAGUUGUGUUGGCCGCUGUUUCGCCGGCUCUCUUUGACAUGUUCAACGCGGAAAACGAAGGAAACCAGGAAGGUAAAGAGGGCUUGUGAUGAAGCAGAACGAUGCAGACACGAUUGUUCCAGAAAAAGCGCAGAAUGGAAGCCCGACGAACGGAAACGGAAAUGUCAACGGUGUGAUUAACGGAAACGGGCAUUCUCCGACGAAUGGUGCGCCGGCCAAGACUCAAAAGUCAUCGACCACGUUCUACGAGUUUGCGCAGACUGAUUUCGAGUGCUUCGAGGCGUUGGUCAACUUUGCCUACACUGCCAAGUAUGUUUUAUCAUUCAUUCAUUCAUGCAGUCCGUUUCCAAGACACGCUAUCUUCACAUGAACACGAUUUGUGUCGGCUGAAGAGCUAAUUUGAUAACGUCGUUUCGUUGCAUGCGUGUUAUCAAAUGAAUGAAGAAUUGCCGGGCAUCGACCUGUCCGUCGGAAAAGAAGAUUCUAAAUUUAAGACUGGGGGCAAUACACAGAGAUCCACCGAACAAACAAGUGAAGAACACAUUUUCAGCCUGGAGAUUAGCUCUCGCAAAGUGGCCGAGCUCUACAAGACCGCCUACGCUCUGCAAAUGAGCCCAGUCAUCAAGGCGUGUGCUGCAUAUCUCGCCGACAAUUUGCAACUGACCAACUGCAUUGGUUAGAUUCUGCAGACAUGCAGAAUAAUGUUGCAUCUUUGUCGGUUUACAGGAAUCCGACGUCAAGCAAACUUCCACAACGACACAUUCCUGAUGGACAAAGUCGAUCAGUUCAUCAUUGACAAUUUCGAAAGUGUCGUCAACGACAGUAAGGAGUUCACACAGUUGCCAGUCAUCCAGGUAAGAUUUCUCAAGUCUCCUUAAAAUUGCAUCAUUGGCAGCGGUCUGUGGUCCUUCUAAAAAUAGGUUUCGUAAAUCGCGUGGACAAUUGAGGCGCAAAGUGCACCCGAGUUUCCAGUCGAUUCUAUUUUGCAAUUGUCAACAACGCGCACGGGCGAGAAGUGGGGAAAGGGGGGGUUGGGCAGAAGGCCGUGGCCGAGUUUUCUUCUUUGAAAAAUGACGAAGCGGGUUCACAAGUGAUCACAAUCGCGUUGAUUUGUCAAUGAAAAACUUGCGAGUUUCGGCGAUUGUCCAAAAAAAGAAUCAUCAUUGAUAUUCGAAUCUUUCAGGUCAGAAUCAUCGUUCCCGCUGAAGACGGAAAAGUGACGAACAACGCCAACAACAAUGGUGGAUUGGCGGAAAUGGCCCUGUUCUACUUUCAAAACAUGCCACAUGAUCGUGCGGAACACUCGAUUGAUCUUCUUACUUGCAAGGUUUUGGGAAUGAAAUUACAAAGAUCAUUUGGGGGAUUUUUUCAGACUCACAUCUUGUACAUGGAAGAGAACCAUCUGGCUGAUUGUCUUGAGAUGGACGAACGAUCCUCGGUCGGAAGUUGUGACAUCAUCCAGGACUACAAAAAGUCCACCAAGGAUCGUAAGGAUGUGGCGAAGGCUCUCACCGUCCAGGAGCCUAUCACCAACUCGGUCGUUCAGCACCGUGUUAAUGGAGCGGUGCCGGUUCGGCUCAACGCUUCUCGUCUGCCAAACAUGAACGCGUCGAACGAGAGUUUGGAAUCCGCCGGUACAGACGACUCGGACCCGCAGGAUACCAUUGAGACGCGUCUCAUUGCUACUCACCGCACAGCUCGUAUGUUGUUUCAUCAAAACUGUUGGCUGAAAUUUUACUGAAACUACUUCAGCACAAUACUGGGUGGCUCUGGUCGUUCUCUACCGUCGUCUGUGUGUCCUGAGCAUGCAACUCACCGACAACGAGGAACUUCUCCGUCCAAAACGCGACACGGCGGCUGUUGAUGCCCAGAAAGUCGCACUUCUUUCGCGCUUGAUUUCCUGCACCGGAAAACAGCAGAAACCACUGGAGUACAUGAGCGCGCCCCGUUGCUCUAUGGGCGCCUCAUUCGUCAACGGAAAAAUUUUCGUUUGCGGUAUAACAAACUAACUUUUAGGCAACUAAAUGGUUGCAUUUAUUUUCAGGAGGAUAUGAUCGUGGAGAGUGCAUGAAGAGUGUCGAGGAGUACGACGUUAUGAAUGGAAAAUGGAGGAAUGUGUCGAAUAUGAAGGCGGAGAGAGGUCGCUUCGAUUGCACAGUACACGGAGGAAAAGUGUACGCCGUGGCGGGAAGCAACGGAAACAACGAUCUCAAGAGCUGUGAAAUCUAUGACCCGAAAGCAGAUUCUUGGGCUCCAUUGCCCAAUCUCAGCAUUGCCAGAUGUCACAACGGAUGUGCCACCUUGGAAAACUACGUCUACUGCAUCGGAGGAUCGUACGAUCAGAAGGUCCUCAAGGAUUGCGAGCGGCUCGACACUUCCUCGCGGAUCUGGGAAACGAUGCCUUCAAUGGAACAGGCCAGAUAUCAAGCCGGAGUGUGUACUUGGAGAGGAUUGGUGGUUGCCGUUGGAGGCUGUGACCGUUGGGCUUGCAUGGACUCUGUCGAGGCGUACGAUCCGAAGAUCGGCGGAUGGCGUCAGCUCCCCAAACUUCGUCAGGCUCGUCGUGGUUGUGCUGUAGCGGUGGUUCGGGAUGUGCUUUAUGUGAUCGGAGGACAUGAUGGCACACAGUCUCUGGAUACCGUCGAGAUCUUGGACAGCCCUUCGGCUCAAUGGCGUGUUGGACCAACCCUGACUACUGCAAGGUGAUGCGGAAAUCAAAGUGAAAACCUAAUUAUUCUUGUUUUUAGAGCCAACACGCAUGCCGUCGUGACUGCUGGCAACGUCAUCUUCUGCAUUGGUGGAUUUAACGGAGCCAAGUUCCUGGACACCAUUGAGCUCCUCGAAAAUGGUGAGAGGUCAUAUGUGUUCUAUUCAAAAUCAGUUAAAAUUGCAGAGCAAAUUGGAUGGCGUAACUGGCAGCACUGUCCGGACCACAUCCUCGAAGAGCAAGAAGAGGAAGACUCGCUUCACAUGCACCACGACGUGUCUUCGACUCCGCCAUCUUCUCCAUAA